GAGUGUCAGUGUAAACCAAAAUGGCGAGAGUAGUGAUGGUUUGUGACAGCUCUCAGCCUGUUUCACUCAUGUUUUCGAGUAGUUGAACGGGACGCGCGUGGUUAUGUGAUUCACGUGACUGAUUUAAGUACGAAGGGUGAAUGGAGAAUAAUGAUUUAUUCGUGGCAAACAGCAAUACGCAAUUUUUUUGGAUCUUUCCAACUGGAUCGACACCCUUCUAUUUUCAAUAGACAGUAGCGGGGUGACAUUGACGUUACUCAUUGAAUUAAGUGCGUUUUCAAUUAUUCAUAAUCUGAAUUUUUUUUUUGUUUUCUAACGUCAAAUGUCUAUCACCUAUAUUAAUAUGAACAACGGAGGAAUAUUCUGGGUGUGUAUUGUCAAUUGUUUGAAAACGAACAUUAGAAAACAACAUUAGAAAGAGAGAUUGUUUGAUAGUGUUGAGUAUUAUUGUUUCGCGGAAGUGUCACGAGGUGUGUAUUGUUUCGAAAGUCUGAUGUGAGUUCUGUGUCGUGCACGUUCAAACGCUUACGUUUUCAAUCCCAGUCAUAGGGACUAUUCUGCGUGCGAUAUUUAUUAAUUAUAUCACUCGUUCUAUUGCCACGGUACACGCAGAUGACGCGAUGACGCUGCAUUGGUGGAUGCACUGGUUCUGGGUUACCGCUCAAUUUCUCGUAAUUUUAGGAAACCCAAUGCCAUCGAGCACGGUUGAGCCUCGUGGCCAGGUGCAACAAGAUCGCCUGAACUCGGAAUCGACGUCCAAAAUUACCUCGAUCGAGGCCGAGAGGAGCGAACCGCGACAGAGUUUUCGCGUGGCCAAAGCCAUCGGUCUUCAUCCAUCCACGAACACGGCUGUAAUGUUAGACAGGCAAUCGAGUACGAUUUCGACUCCUGUAGAAAUGGUGGCGAGCGUGGUCGAAACGAGUACUAAUCCUAUGGAAGAGUAUCACGGAAAUGCGAGUAACGCGGUCAGUCUGGACUCGACGAAAAGUUUCACGUCUCAACGAGUCGCAGAUACCGUGGACAGGAUUCGUAAUUCGGCGGUGAAAAAGGAUAGUAAGAUUACGUGGAUCCUAACCACGAACAAAACCGGUGGUAGAUCCAAGUAUGAACAAGAAGAGAAAAUGGAUGAAAAUGGGAAUCGGAACGAUACCACAUUGGACCAAGUGGAGGAUCUUACGGUACUACCUCUUCAGGAAGAGGUGUCUAGAAUCAGGCUGGUACUGAAUAAAACGAAAUCCUCCUCGCUCUUAUCUUCUUCCUCUUCUUCCUCUUUGUCCUCCUCUGCCGGUAAUUCCGGUAUCAAGACGUUCAAUCGAUCCGAUGAUGUCGAGAUCAACGACGACGAUGACUUUGUCGAGUCACAAUUAUUUGCCACAGCUGCGUCGAUUCUUGAAGUUGGUGUGAGCGAACCUACGCGGCUGAGCAGAGCGCGAAGCGCGUUUCCCAAAGAUUUCCAGAGGGAUCAAGUACAGGAAGAUCAUCUUUCCGAUUACAAUGAGAGCAAUAGCGAGAACUCGAAGCAAGAGAAUACUUCGAGAUCGACGGUAGACAUUGCCGCUAUUACCGGAAGUUGCCUAGCGACUGUAGUUUUACUCAGCACAAUGGGUAGCCUUGGAUUCAUUAUGUACAGACGUAGGUAUCUGAAUCCGCCGCAAACGCUUAAUAGCGACAAAUGCAGUAAUCCCGAUAGUUCCGGUUAUAUCGAUGAUUCCACUAUUCGCGAUAAUUCCGAAGAAAUGUACAGUUUGGAUAACGAUUCGUUUUUAAAUUCGUUAGAAGCAAUGACAAUACAGAAUUAUUGGACGGACAGUGUGAAGCAUACGAAACUAUGACAAAAGAAGAUAAUUCAACCCGGAAAGAGGAUUGAAACGUUCAGUAUUUCCGAUGGUGAAGCGCACGAACAAGUAUCGUUGUUGGAACAGUAGUACUUACACGACGAGUGCCCGGCGUUUUGUAAUUAAAUGCAAAGAGAUUGAAUUUAUCGUAGUAAUCGUAUAGAUAUGCAGGAAUUUUAUUUUUUUUCGAUUGAAUCGUUAGCGAUUUCGAUGCAAGAAUGAGCGAAUAAAAUAUUUUAAACAUU